AUCAGUUAAUGGGCAUUUUGAGAUGUUUCCACUUCUUUCUACUAAAUAUAAUAUUGUUAUGGACAUUUACUUACAAAGUUUUUCUGUAGACUAAUGUUCUUAAUCUCUUGAGUGUUUAUGUAGGAGAAUUGCUAGGUCAUGUGGUAAUGGUGUUUAAUUUUUUGAGUAACUUCUCACUGGUCUUCCAGAGUGCCUAUAUAAAUUACAUUCUGAUCAACAAGUACAUGAAGAUUUCAGUUUCUCCAUAGUCUUGUCAAUACUGGUCUGUUCCUUUUUAUUUUUUUAAAAUCACCCUAGAGUGAUUUUUGAGUUGUAUUUCAUUCAAGGUCUCUCGUAUUUUAUGUGUGUGAAUGUCUUGCCUGCAUGUCUGUAUGUGCACCAUGUGCUGCCUGGUGCCUUUGGAGGUUAGGAGAUAGCGUUAGAUGCCCUGGAACUAGAAUUAAAAGUGGUUGUGAGCCGUCAUGUAGGUGGUGGGAAUUGAACUACUAUUCUCUGGAAGAGUGACAAGGAUUCUUAACCACUGACCCAUCUCACCAGCCUCUCUCUGGAUGAUCUUCUUACGUGCUUCUUGACCAUCUGCAGUAUCUAAUAGAUGUCUGUUCAAGACUGUGCUCAUUUUUAAACUGGAUUGUUUGAAUAGUCCAGUUUUGAAGUUUCUUUAUAUAGUCUAGAUACAAGUUGUUAUUGCCAUCACCAUCAUAAAACUUAAUUGUUGGUGACAGAUGGUGCUGAGAAGAUUGUGUUUAUGUCACUGAUCAGAGUGAAUCGCUUUGGUCCCCGGGGAGGUGGAAGAAAAACUCUGAAAGUGAAGAAGAAAGCCACAGUGAGACAAGAAUGGGAUAAUACUGUGAAUGAUCUAACAGUUCACCGGGCAACUCCUGAAGAUCUGGUACGCCGUCAUGAGAUACACAAGUCAAAGAACAGAGCAUUGGUGCACUGGGAACUUCAAGAAAAAGCUUUGAAGAGAAAAUGGAAGAAGCAGAAACCAGAAACUUCCAGUCUUGAAAAAAGAAGAUUAUCUAUCAUGAAGGAGAUUCUUUCUGAUCAGUACCAGAUGCAGGAUGUGCUGGAGAAGUCUGAUAAUUUGAUGGCUGCAGCCAAAGGUCUGUUUGCUGAUGUUCCUCGUAGGCGUACAGGGUUUCCAAAUGUAACCAUGGCUCCAGAUUCCUCUCAGAGUCCCAUUGGAGUAAAUCAAGACCCUGGCACCCAGUCUGCCCUUAAUGAAUCUCUCAUAGAACCUCAGGCUCUUAAUGAAGUAGAUGGUGAAGGAGAAGAGAGCACUGUUCACAGCCAGUCAGAAGACAGCGAGAGUGAACUGCCCACCUCCCUCAGCUCACAGUCUAACAGGAACACAGAGAGGUUUCUUCACCAACUAAAGGAAGAGAAUUCUGAAUUAAUCAAUCAAUUGUGGACUGAUAUUCAGCAGAAACUAGCUACCCAGUCACAGGGGACCCCUCCAGGAACCCCGUCCCUGGUGCUCUCAGCGGAGGAACAGAAAGAUGCUCUGAAUGCGACCGAUGCCAUCAAGAGACUCCAGGCUGGGCUUCAGCCCGAGGAGUCCGCUGAGACUGCAGACUCCAGCUAUGUGGUAGGACAAGUGCUGAACUCAAGGAAGCAGAAGCAGCAGCCAAGUAAAGCGAAAAGAAAACCAGAUAUCCGUGCUCCUUCUAAGCAGAAGAAAAACAUGUUAUCCUCCAGCACAACCUCCACAGACUUACCAAGUAGCAACAACUCGAGCUUGGAUAUCCUGAAACACAUGAUCCAUGAAGUGGAACAUGAAAUGGAAGAGUAUGAGCGGUGGACGGGGCGUGAGGUCAAGGGGCUGCAGGGUGGCCAGGGACUCACAGGCUUCACUCUGUCACUGGUGAGCUCCCUCUGCCGCCUGGUGCGGUACCUUAAAGAGAGUGAGAUUCAACUGCGGAAAGAAGUAGAGACAAGGCAGCAUCUGGAACAGAUGUUAGGUGAUCACCGAGAGCUCAUCGAUGCUCUGACCGCAGAAAUUCUUCUCCUUAGAGAAGAAAAUAGUACCACACAGGCGAGACUUCAGCAGUACAUGGUCUCUACAGACGAGCAGCUUAUAUCGCUCACACAUACCAUUAAGAACUGUCCUGUGAUAAGUAACUCCAGACAAGAAAGUCAAGCAUCAGAAAGGGCAACUCUGGGUAGAAGACUUAUGGAUAAUGUAGAGGGUCCUGUUGUAAGCAGUAAUGUCUCCAUGCCAUUGAUGUUCAGAGGGGAAGAAGCCGUUGAGUUCCCACAGGAGGAGUUGCCUGUUAAACUCUCUCAGGGCCCGACCCCCACAGAGAACUUGAAUCUGGCCAGUAAUUUCCCAGAACAUAUUUUCGAGCCAGCUGUGAUGUUAACACCACCCAGGCAGAAGAGCAACUCGGAGUUCUCUCCUCUGCAGGAUGUAUUGAGGAGAACGGUCCAGACCCGCCCUGCUCCACGAAUCCCCCCCACUGUGGAAGUCAUAGAGAAAGGACAGACCUGGGAAAAGAAGACCUUGCCUGUUGAUCCAGACAUUCAGAACUCAAGUGAGGAAAAUCGCCUCUUCACUCAGAGGUGGAGAGUUUCUCACAUGGGGGAAGAUCUAGAGAACAAAACUCAGGCACCGUUUGUUAACCUGUCCCAGCCCCCUUGCAGUUCCCUUCCCACCACUCAGCAGUCGAGAAGUCCUGUGUUCUCAGAAGAGCCCCCAGUGCUCGGAGAUGGGCAGCAGCUUAGAACAAACGAGGCACUGGCCCAGAGGAAGGACAUAAUGGCACGGAUUGCUGAGUUGACACUGCAGAAUUCGGCCAUCAAGGCACACCUGAGUAAUAUUACCCAGUCGGUGUCGGUGGGAGAGCAAGGGGAUGGACUUCGGGAGCCAAGCAAACAGGGAAGUGCCGGUGACCUGCCUGCUAAUUUCCCAGUAGUUCAAUCUCUAGUGCCAAGUAGCAUGGAGGAACGGAUUGCGGAGUUGAACCGGCAGAGCAUGGAGGCUCGCAGCAAACUGCUCCAGCUCAUAGAGCAGCAGAAGCUCGUUGGUUUGAACCUUUCCUCUUCGCCCGUGUCACCUGUUCAGUCGCCUCUCAGAGCCUGGGCCGAGGAAGGAAAGCGAACCAUAGAGGUGUCUGUUCCAGGAGUGGAGGCUCCAGAGAGUUCGAAAUGCAACGCCGUGUCUCCUGUCAGUGUGAUCAGUUCUAGAAGAUCUUCAGGGGCUACUAGUAAUUCUUGUUCUCCGCUAAAUGCCACCUCAGGAAGUGGGCGAUUCACACCUGUUAAUCCAAGAACAAAGACCGAAAAGCACCAUGAAGAAGGCUGGUUCGCGCUCUCUGCCCACAUGUCCUAGAGAGGAUGAAUUGGAGCGUGCCCUCAGUGACUCAUCCCUCCUUCCCUUUCCCCUACGUGGAUCCUCCUUUCAAGUUGUGACAUUUUCUUUAGAUAAAACCUGCAGAGAUAUCCUGUAUUAAUGGAAACAAGGAAAAGAACAAUUAUUUUUAAUAUUUUACCUUUUCAAAUAGGUUUUUCACAAAGCAUCUAACCUAUGAAUUUCCUGUGAAUAAAACUUUGACUGUAAGAAAAUUUAAGUUUUAUAUUUGAUUGACCUUGUUAAACUUUUUAGUAAUACAUUGUUACCCUUGUCAUUGCUGUUGAAGGUUUUGUUUUUGUUAUUGUUUAGUACAUCAUAAAUGUGGAUCAUCUUCCCAGAAGAACUACAUUGCUUUAUGUAUAACUUAUAAUAAAUUUUUUCUGGCUUUCAGAAAAAUGUGAUAAUUUCUUUUCUACUAUCCAUCAUUCCAAAUUGAAUGUACAACUUUAAAAAAAACAAAAGGCUGAGGCUGUGGGGUAUACCUAUAAUCCCAACAUUCAGAAACUUGGGGCAGGAGGCUCUCUAGAAUACAAUGUGUCCCAUGCCAGCCUGAGCUAUGUAGAGAACCCUGUUUCAACAAAAGAACAGGAGGUGGGCAUAUGAAUGUUUGUUUAUUUUUCCUAAGUAACAGUGGCUAUGUGUUUAAUGAUACUGACCAUAAUGUUCAAAUAUCUAAGUGCAGUACAUUGAUUUAAUGAUAAUGUUAGGAAAAGAAAUAUAAAAACUGUUAGCAGUUUUCCUUGCCCUAAAUCACCCAAAAUGGAUUUUCUCUCAUGAACUGACUGGUUCUCGGUGUUGGCUUCUAUUUCUGGUUUAUUUCAGUGAUGUCUGCCAUGCUGUGAUGGGAAUUUCCAACUUCAGUGAGUUGGGAGGGGGAGAGCAUCACACUGAGGCUACCCUGAGUCCCCAGACUCCCCGUUCCUCCCUCUGCAGUUGAGAACCAUGUUCUAGGAAUCUCCCUGUGCACCUCUACCCGGGCUUUUCAGUUGCAGCCAAAAGUAAAAUUAUUUUCUUCUAGCACUGA